AUGAAUCGCCGUCCAACCAAUUACGGCGAUGCGCCGCCCUCAUACCUCGACCAAGAGACAGCCUCCUUUCUGUCCGACGUCGAGUCGCCGACGCAUGCUUCACGACUGAACGGCGGAACACUGCGCUUGCUUCCAACCAGUGGUGACGGCGCCGACGAUAUGCAUACGAGUCCGAGGGCGGCUUCGCCUUCUCAUUACAGUUAUGACCCAGUUUAUGACCACAGCCCUGCUUCCCUUGCCACCGUCUCACAGCCAGCUUCAGGCCAAAUGGAGCGCCCUUUAAGACCGAGGUCUAACACCAGGACGCGAUAUUCUAGUACCGGACGAGAGCCGUCAUACGACCAUUAUUAUCAAGUCCCAAGCGCGUCCUCGCCAUCGCGUCCUCAAUCCAGCUUGUCCAGCGGCCGUCACAUGCCCCCUCCUACGGCAAGCCUAGCAGACGAGUCAAUUUACCCUUCAAUUCCUCCCCGCAACGGCUCUCCAAUCCGCCCAUGGAGCCCGUCUCACAUCCGCCCGCCAUCGGUUUCAAGUGUCGGAUAUGAGCGUUCAGACAUCAACGGAAGCCCGCGGCCGGGAACUCCCAGCUCGAGAUACGGCGGUAGUCCCCGCCGCCCUUUGCCUCCCGCUCCGUUGUUUUCGGGCCCGAAAUCCAGCGCCGUAGACUCGAGCAUUGAUAUUGGGGAUGGAAUCACAAAUGACGACCCAUUCGGCGGUGACGGUCGGACCAUCAAUCACGGGUCGCGAGGUAGCGUCCGAUCAUUCAUGAGUGAAUCCACGAUGCUGGGCGACGAAAAAGAUGAGAUGCACAAAGUCGACCUCGAAGACGACCUCGACGACGAUGCAUCCGGCAUGGUUGAUCCCAACCUUCACUAUGGCCCUGCCCCCGAGAAGCAGGGCCGUCGCGGCGUUCGCUCAAAGCAGGUCGCGAAGAAGGAGGUCCAGCUGAUCAACGGUGAGCUGAUCUUGGAGUGCAAGAUCCCCACCAUCCUGCACAGCUUCCUGCCACGUCGCGAUGAGCGCGAAUUCACUCACAUGCGAUACACGGCCGUCACAUCUGACCCUGAUGACUUCGCCGAGCGCGGUUACAAGCUGCGCCAACAGAUCGGAUCUACUACCCGUGAAACCGAGCUGUUCAUCUGUGUCACAAUGUACAACGAAGAUGAAAUUGGUUUCACGCGCACCAUGCAUGGUAUCAUGCAGAACAUUAGUCACUUCUGUUCACGAACCAAGUCCCGUACUUGGGGUCGUGAUGGCUGGAAGAAGAUUGUUGUCUGUAUUGUGGCUGAUGGUCGUAAGAAGGUCCAUCCGCGAACCCUCAAUGCGUUGGCUGCUUUGGGUGUUUACCAGGAGGGUAUUGCGAAGAACAUUGUCAACCAGAAGGAAGUCCAGGCCCACGUCUAUGAGUACACGACUCAGGUCUCGCUUGAUGACGACCUCAAGUUCAAGGGUGCCGAGAAGGGCAUUGUGCCCUGCCAAGUCAUCUUCUGCUUGAAGGAACAUAACAAGAAGAAGCUUAACUCGCACCGAUGGUUCUUCAAUGCGUUUGGACGCGCCCUCCAGCCGAAUAUUUGCAUUUUGCUCGAUGUCGGUACUCGUCCCGAUCACACUGCUCUGUACCACCUUUGGAAGGCAUUUGAUCAAGACUCGAAUGUUGCUGGCGCAGCCGGUGAGAUCAAGGCUGCUAAGGGAAAGAACAUGCUUGGCCUACUCAACCCGCUCGUUGCCAGUCAGAACUUCGAGUAUAAGAUGUCGAACAUUCUGGAUAAACCGUUGGAGUCGGUCUUUGGUUACAUUACUGUGUUGCCUGGUGCCCUGAGUGCGUACAGAUUCUUCGCUCUCCAAAACGACGCAGAUGGUCAUGGUCCUCUGAACCAGUACUUCAAGGGUGAGACUCUGCACGGUCAAGAUGCCGACGUUUUCACAGCCAACAUGUACUUGGCCGAGGAUCGUAUUCUUUGCUGGGAGCUUGUCGCAAAGCGAGAAGAAAGAUGGGUGCUGAAGUUUGUGAAGAACGCCGUCGGUGAGACUGAUGUGCCGGACUCGGUUCCUGAAUUCAUCUCUCAACGUCGUCGUUGGCUUAACGGUGCCUUCUUCGCCGCUGUGUACUCCAUUUUCAAUGCGAAGCAAAUCUGGAAGACUGAUCAUACCCUCGCUCGAAAGAUUCUGCUUCACAUUGAAUUCUUCUAUCAAUUCCUUAACCUCCUCUUCACCUACUUUGGUCUUGCCAACUUCUACCUUGCUUUCUACUUCAUUGCUGGCUCUCUGAGUGACGAGAAGAUGGAUCCCUUUGGCCAUAACAUGGGCAAAUACAUCUUCCUUGUCCUGAAGUAUGCCUGUGUUCUGGUCAUGUGUCUGCAGUUUAUCAUUUCUCUUGGUAAUCGACCGCAAGGUGCGAAAAACUUGUACCUUUCUGGAAUCAUCAUCUACGCCAUCAUCAUGUUCUACACUGUGUUCUGUGCACUCUACCUUGCCGUGAAGGAACUUAUGGUCCGAGCAGGUGUAGGAGACGACGAUAUGGAAGUCGGCGACGGCUUGAUGAUGAACAUUGUCAUCUCCAUGCUUUCAACCGUCGGUCUGUACUUCUACAGCUCCUUCAUCUACCUGGACCCCUGGCACAUGUUCACCUCCUCGAUCCAAUACUUCCUCCUCAUGCCCAGUUACGUCUGUAUUCUCCAAGUGUACGCCUUCUGUAACACCCACGAUGUUACUUGGGGAACGAAGGGAGACAACGUGAUCAACACUGAUCUCGGUGCCGCUAAGGUCAUCAAUGGCUCCACCGUCGUUGUCGAAAUGCCAUCCGAGCAACUCGAUAUCGAUUCCGGCUAUGACGCCGCCCUCCGCAACCUCCGUGAUCGCCUCGAGGUUCCCGAGCCCCCACCAUCCGAGUCCCAGCUACAGGAAGACUACUACCGUGCAGUGCGUACCUACAUGGUUUCCAUCUGGAUGGUCGCCAACGUCGUUCUUGGCAUGGCCAUCUCAGAAGUCUACGGUGUCGACGCAGGCGGCACAAACGUCUACCUCGCCAUCAUCCUGUGGUCCGUCGCCGUCCUCGCCGCUAUCCGUGCCGUCGGCUCAACCACCUAUGCCAUCCUCCAAGUCGUCCACAAGAUCGUCGAAGCAAAGACCAAGUUCGAUGCUGGCAAUAUGACCAACUUCGCGCCUAGCGCGUAUGGUGGAUCUAGCGUUGGUCCAGCCUCGGAAACUGCGAAGUCUUCAUCCACACGCCCCGUCAGGUAUGGUGGUGGUGCUACUUUCAAGGACAAAAUCAAUGAGGCGCGCUGGUCCGCUGGUCGCGUCGCUAAUAAAGCCAUGUUCUGGCGGAAGUAG